UUUAGUUCGGCAGAGGACUCCUGAGAGUCAGGCAGCCAUGGCGUUGCGGAGCCUGACGCUGCCUCUGCCCGCCGUAAUCCCACCAACCUCUUCUCGUCGGUCUACUCUCACACAAAACCGCUGCUAUGUCACUCUCCGCCGCACCCCCACCGCCGUCGUUCACAGCCUUCGGAUGCGACGGCAUGUCGUUCGGAUGGCUCCCGAGGAGGAAAGGUUGACCCGUCGCUCCCCUCUCGACUUCCCCAUCGAAUGGGAAAGACCAAAACCGGGGAGGAGACCAGAUAUAUUUCCCCAGUUUAGCCCCAUGAAAACACCUUUACCAACUCCAAUGCCAGCGGAUCCUCCCGAAGAAGACGAAGAAGAGGACGAAAAGAAAGAGGAUGACGAAGAAGGAGAAGACAAUCCUGACAAGGAGAACCCAGGGAUCCCAGAAGAGUAGUUGCGCAUCAAACUAGAGCAUGUGGAUCAUAUUUCACUUUAAUAUACAGCUGCCUUGUCUGUUUUCAAGCUUGCCAAGUGCGGUUGAUACAACUGACUAGGGUACGAAUAGAGUAGAAGUUGGUUCCAACUUCUAGAAAAUCUACAUAUGUUGGAACCAACUUCUAGGAAAUCUACUUCCUGCCCGUAGCGAUUUUACAUAUUAUGCCGUAUGACUCUAAUCUGGGUUGGUG